AUAGUCUUGGUGAUCUGGAAAACAAAUUUGACCAAUUUGUUUCUGCCAAUGAAAGCAUAAUGGAAAUGCUGCCGAGAUUCAGAGCUGAGAUGACAAGUGUCCUCGAAGAUAUAAAGGAUGAAGCUCUGAAACCCCAUGAAAAAGUGUGUCUGAUCCUGGAUUGUCACACGGCUAACAAGUUUCUGGUCCUUUCGGACGAUGAGAAAAGUGCCACGUUCACUGUGGGCACGAAGAGGAAGGUGCCUUCACAUCCAAAGAGAUUUGAUAAAGUGCCCUGCGUAUUAGGGGCAGAGGGAUUCACUAGGGGGAGAUUGUACUGGGAUGUUGAUGUAGAAAAAGGAAAAACAUGGGCAGUUGGAAUUGCGAGGGAAUCUGUGUGCAGAAAGAGACGGGUGAACUUUGAUCCUGAAAAUGGAAUCUGGGCAGUAGGCUUAGAUGAACAAUAUGUGGCAUACACUGGUUCUGAAUCUACUCCCUUGAGCCUGUCCAAACCCCUCAAGACAAUUAGGGUAAAUCUGGAUUAUAUAGCAGGGGAGGUGUCAUUUUCCAAUGCUGAUGGCGACACCUUAAUCUUUACCUUUCCCCCUGCCAAAUUCAGUGGAGAAGAAAUAUAUCCUUGGUUUUGGGUCUUUGAUGGAUGCCUUCGUCUGUGUUGGUCAGAAGAAGAAAAUUAUCCAGACAUGGACUAUUUUGUGUCCACUGGCAUUAUUAAACCUUGGGAAGUUCAUGAGUACAUUGGACAAUUUUGAGUCUAUGACAAAGAUUAGAAAUGUUAAGAUCAAAAGCCUUGUUUGUUCCAGUAAACAGCAAAGAUUUAAAAAAUCAAAUUUUUUAAUAUUUCCAUUUAUAAGAGUUAUGUUAAUCAGCUUAGUACAGUACUUCACAUUCUACUAGUGCUUUAGUUCAGUCAGUUUAGUAGUUCAUAUUGUUUAGCACUCGUGCUUACAAUGUUAGGACCAAGCUAAUACCACAUACCAGCUUCUGAUGGCUGUAUGCGGGACUGUUGUCCUCUUUACAAAAUGAAUCAGGGAAUGCAGAUGGACAAGACCUCAGUGGGGGUGGAUUGUUAAAAUGUUU